AUGUCAUCACUCCCAAAGAGGAUAAUCAAAGAAACUCAAAAACUUAUCCAGGAUCCAUGUGAUGGCAUAAAAGCGGUACCAGAUGAAAACAACGCAAGAUACUUUUUGGUAUCCAUAGAUGGACCGAAAGAUAGCGCAUACGAAGGGGGUAUUUUCGACUUGGAAUUAUUCCUUCCGGAAGAAUACCCUAUGACUGCACCUAAGGUCCGGUUUACAACCAAAUUAUAUCAUCCAAAUAUUGAUCGCCUCGGCAGAAUUUGUCUUGAUAUUCUUAAAGGACAUGAAAUCUCUCUUUGUCUUUCUAAGUCAAUUACCAACUUCAUUCUGUAUCAUCACAGUAGAGUCUGUUGACGUCUGUAGACUGUUGCUGGUGAUAAUCCACCUAUCUGUUACCCUUCAACCAUUGGUCACAGUCCACCGCCUGAUAUUAGUGUAGUUGUAAAAUGUGAUAAUCGAAUUUAGGUAAUAUUUGAUUACCUCUUACUCACGAGAUAUCUUUCUCAUAGUUAUGCACUGUACAAUUGCAGGUAAGUGGCGUAAAAAAUCACAUUAGUUUUCCACUUCAAAUUAUGGAUGAAAUAAUUUAAGGUAGCCCGUAUAUGCAACAGCCUUAUAUAUUCUUAUGUUAUUAAAAUAGAACAGCGGUAAAAUGCAGUCAAGAAUGCAUCAAACAAAUACAAGACUUUCUUGCCGAACGCUAUUUACUAACUGAUAAAUUUUUUAAUUGUUGAUUUCAAAACAACGAAGUAGUCUUAAGUAUUUGGGUUGUCUACAAAUAAAUAGGUCAAGAAAAUCUAAAAAUCUGUCUUUCCGCUACACUUGUUUUUUCUCUCUAUCUAAUUCCAUAUAAUAUAUUAAUUCUGAACCUGCGCAUUUUUAAAUUCACCGUUAUGUAACCGUCUUUAAGGAGAAAUACCUCAUGUGUAUCUAUUUAAUUUAACGUGAAAAAAUUUAUUACUAACAUGAGUAUACUUUGGAACCUCUAAGUAGAAUGAGGUUUAUUUUACUACGUAAUAUAACCAUACUUAACCUAGUCGUUCUGAAAACUGUCAACAAAUUAGUCAGUUAUAAGUAAUUUUUCACCAUUGGUCAAGAUAAUCACAGAGAUUUCAACCAAGUAGUGUACGCCUACUACUUCAGUACUCAUACAGGUAAUUUCACCCAAUUGUGCCAACAUAGUGCAGUAACUUAAGGCGGCUCACAUAUGUACCUAGUUCGACAUGGCGUAUGGUUGACUAACUCUAUUUUCCUUUAAGUCUUGAUCUCAGUGUCAUUCCACAUUUGUAAUCCUUCUAUUUUAUUUGUCCUUUUAAGCCUUAUCAUCUAUGUUUAACCAUCUACUGCGAUUAAUAUUUUCCUUAUCCUGUUUAACUUAUUCGUUCUCUAUAUUAAUUUAAACUGGCGAAACUUGAUACAAUAUAUUAUUAAGUCUAAUUUUAUCUGCAAUUGAUUUUAUAAAUAUCAGCACUGAGUUGUACCUUUUCUAAUUUUUCCUCCAUUUAUCCAGAUAAAUGGAGUCCUGCUCUUCAAAUACGCACUGUUCUACUGUCUAUUCAAGCAUUGUUAAGUGCACCAAAUCCUGAAGAUCCACUGGACGGUGAAGUUGCAUCACAUUGGAAACAAAAUGAACCAGAAGCUCUUGCUAAAGCACGUGAAUGGACUCAGCUUUACGCUAGACAUAAUUAAUUCCUGGACAAUAGUACUAGCACUGACCAACACCUCGUAGAAUAUCGUUCUUCUUUUAAUGGAUAACCGAAACAUGAUCAAACAUUUUCUAUUAUAUAUAUAGUAAUUGAUAUAUUUGUAUUUAUGGAGAUCUCCG